CAGGGGGAUAAGACAAUGUUAUAAAUAUUUAUUUUCUCUCUAUAAGCUUAUUUAAAUCAUCACAAAUUUAUCAUUGUUUUGUAAACUAUAAUUUAUUCCCAGGAUAAUUUGUUUAUUAUAGGUAAAGUUUUAUUAAUAUGGCUGAUGUUAACAGUUCAGAAUAUUUGCCAUCGAGACAUAGAAGUUGCUUUGUUUACGGAUGUUUUUCAACAGCUGCUGCUAAUAAACCUCAUCUUGGGUUUCAUAAAUUUCCUAGUAGAGGCAAAAGAAAUAUUGUGGUUGUCAAAAAGAAUGGUGAUAGAUGUAUUUAUGAUAGGCGCCAAUUAUGGAUUGAUUCUCUCAAUAUCGGGAGAGAAGCUGCAUCAGCUAUUGAUGGAGUUGCCGUGUAUGUCUGUUCUUUGCAUUUUGCAAGAGAAGAUUUUUACUACAACCAAGAUAUAACUGGAAGGAGGUAUUUAAAGGAGCUAGCCAUACCUCGACGAAACUUACCUGCAAGAAGAACUUCACCACUCACAACCAAGUUCAAUGUGAGGUCUCUGCAUAGAGUAAAAUACAGAGGAUAUUUCAACAUCCACAAUCCCGAUGGCAGAAAACUUACAGCCAAGCGAAGGUAUCUUGGAAGCAAGAAGCCCAGUAAACCAGAAUUAUCUCAGUUGUACACAAAAACUGUCUGGGUUGCCAGAAAACCUAAUGCCAACAAAAAUCCACCGGAACAGGUGGAAAGUGCUCAGAAGAGAGUUGAAGAUGAACAAUCUACCGUCCUGAACUCUGAACAGUUCACAUCCGAACUUAUUAUCAAAGAGGAGCCAUUAUCUGAUACUGAGCAGGAUCCAGACCAGUACAUGGCAGGAGAGGAUGAUGAUGUUGAGGUGUUGAACGACGGAGAUUAUUCAAAACCUGAUUCUAAUAAGCUUGUCAUUGAGACCAAGAAUAAUGAAGUUGAAGAGGCAGACCAAGAAGAGGAGACCAAUGUCGAUUAUGAGGAUGGAAAAGAGGCUGAAAUAGGGGACUUGCAAUUACCAGAGGAAAUGAAUCUGCCAGACGUAGAGGGAGAAGGAUUUGAAGACACUCUUGCAGAGGAGUUUGAGCAGACUAUGGAAGAAUUUGAGGACUAUGAACAAAAUGACCAGGAGGUCCAUGAACAAAAUGACGAGGAAGACUAUUAUGAAGCUGUUGAAACUCUCGAGGAGGAGGAAGAGAAUGGUGUGGAAGAGCAGGAGGAAGUAACUGUUCUUCAGGUCGGUGAUGAUGAUGAGUAUGAAGAAGAAGAAGAAGCGUACCAAGGUUUAUGUCACAUAUGUGGCUCUGAGAAUUGUAGAGGGCACUCACAAGCAGCUAAAUUUGGCGAUAACUAUUUCGUAUGCUUGAUAUGUAGUGAAAUAUUUCCAUCUCAAAAACAAUUGGCUAACCACUCACUAUGUCACGAAGACAUGUCAGAAGAAGAACUUCAGAUACUGGAAGAAAGACAGAGAACUCUUACAUGCGAGUUUUGUGGCCGUGUUCUGUCAACAAAAUCAACACUGCGAGAGCACAUCAUGAUUCACACGGGUGAGAAACCUCAUGAGUGUUUACUCUGUGGAAAACAUUUUAGACAUAAGGCAAACUUGGUCGUUCACGUUAACGGACAUGCAGUUGUCAGCACGUACAAGUGUAAAAAGUGUAACAAAGCGUUCACAAAAAAGAGUGAUUUUGAGAAACAUCUCAAAUACCAUGUGGACGCAUCCGGCAAUCCCUUGGUUUGCAAAAUCUGCAACGCAGUAUUCAAAUCACAGAGAACUCUGUACAACCACUCGCAGCUUCAUUCAAAAAAAGGUAGUGUCCGAGCUAAAAGGAGAGGCGAGGGACCGAGGAAUCCGCAGUUUAAGUGUAGAACUUGUGGGAAAGGGCUCUCGACAAAAGCCACUUUAAAAGAGCACAUGAUGAUCCAUUCUGGCGAAAAGCCCCACGAGUGUCCGAUUUGCGGGAGAACCAUCAGACACAAAGCUAAUUACGUGGUCCACAUUCAGACACACGGUCAAGGAAGGUCUUACGAAUGUGAUAUGUGCGACGAAGCGUUCAUGAGAAAAUUGGAUCUCACUCAGCACAAGCAGUCAGCUCACUCCAAGUCAAAGCUAUUACGCUGCCCUAUCUGCGGAGAAGUGUUCAAGUCACCAAUCAAGUUCAACCGACACAUGGAGAUACAUGAGAGUGUGGUCUACAUGAACGAGACUGAAGAACUGAACGGCUUUGAGCCACAUCUUUUAGAAGAUUAUCUGGAAUCGUAAAGAUUUACAUUAUGUAAAUUGGAGCUAUCUGAAAGAUUGUAAAUAUUUUUUGUGAAUUGGUGAUUUGCCCUUAUAUUAGUUACAUUCGGUGAAAAAAAAAAAAACAAUGGAAAAAUAUAUACAGUUAUAAAUAGCAUAAUUGGAUUGUAUAAACUGUUGUAUAUAGAAAAUAAUGUUUAACUUCUUCUGUAGGUCCCUAUUCUCUCAACUGUUCAUUUUAUUAUAUUUCUUUGUUUUUUUCUUCAACUUAAGUGUAUAGCCUAGAUCUUUUACAUUAAGAAGGGACUUUUCAUUAAGAAUCUAAAUUGAUUCUUUUCCAUGCAUGUUUAUUGCUUGAAUGAAAAACUAUUUUGUUUUAUUUUUUAAAUUUUGUUGACUUAUGUGCAAUUAUUUAUUUACUUUUGUAUUAAUACAUAUUUGGUUUCAGCAUUUUUACAUACAGGUAUGUUAAAUAAGGCUUAUUAAAAUUAAAAUGUAUUGCUUACAAAUCAAUAAAUUAUUUUUCAGUGUUAAAGUACGGUAUUUAUAUAAAAUCCAUUGAACUGGAAAAUGUGAAUUUUCCUUUUAACUUACAUUUGAAGAAUAACACAAAAUAAAACAACAAAGCCUGAUGUACAAAGACCUGUUGUGCAAAAACAAUUCUCUUGCAUGUCAAACACUAAAGAAGAUUUCACGCUGGCUUUUGAUAAUUUAUAACAUUAAAUGUACAAUUUAUUGAAUGUUGUUCACAAUUUGUGAAAAAAGAUCAUGGCUUAAUUUGUAUAAGACUUACUAGAAUGAGUUUUGAAAACCAUACUUAGUAAAAUAGAUAUUAAAUAAAUCAAAAAUAUAGGAAUUUAUGUAAUUGUACAAGAUCAAAAAAAGAUUUACAAACAUAAUAUUACCAAGUAAAGUAUUAUAGAAUAUAUUUAAAUUUUAAUUUGCAAUAAGGUGUCUGGAAAUUUUUCAAAAAUGUUGAAUAAGUUCUAGGCACGGAAACAUUUGUUCUUCUCAAAAACAUUGUUGUAAAUCAUUAGACUAUACCUUCUCCACGGCUAUUGAACAUCACUUUUAAACACUUGUAACUUGAUUAAUGACUGUUACUAUAAACAAUAUUUAUUUAUUUCCAUUCACAUGAUAUAAACUUCAAAUAAAUUAUGAAUAAAAACUCAAA